AUUAAUUAUAUUCACAAUAUUUUUUCAAUUAAUUAAUUUUUAGCUGGCAAUAAAUAAGAAAUUUUCGCAGACAAAUAUAUUCAAUCAAUCAAGUAAAUGAACACAUUUACUUUUGGUAAAGGAAAGUAGACAGAAUUAAAAAUUAAUAUCAAGAGUAACGCGGUCAACUCAACAGGAAAUAUUGAAUACAUAGAAUAGGUUGAAAAAUGCUAAUAAAUAAUAAGAGAUGAUAAAAACAUAUUAAGACAGCUUAUUAAAGAGGGAAACAGCCAAGUUAUGUCAAUAAUUAAAAGCAAAAAAAAGUUUAUUGAUUAGAUGUAGACAGAACUCAAGAAGUUCUUAAAGACUUAUAAAAAUUAGCAACAGCAAAACGAAGGAGAAUAAACUUAAACACAUAAAUAGUAAAAUCAAAAUGAUAGCUUCAAUAGUCAAGUUAUAAGUGAAAGGUAAAUGUCACGAAACAGUACACACUAAAACCUUAACUAGAAUAACGGAAUUUAGAAUAAGGUUUAACAUAAUAACGCAAAUAAUAAUUCUACUACUAAUAAUAUGAAUAAUUAAAAGGCACAAGAAACUUAAAUUAGUUAAUCGUAUUAGCACCAGUAACAAGUUUAUACUACUACAACAAACAUAGGUAAUAGUAAUAAAGUAAAUCUUAUAACAUAUAGACUGAAUGCUCCUACGCCUAUUAAUUAAAGCAAAGUAGUUUCGUUAAUUAGCAAGGAUCAAAGCUCUCCUUUAGAUAAAAAACCGAGAUCUCUAUCAUAACAAGAAGCACAUACUGAAAAUAAAUUAUCAGCAAAGCCAUAAUUAUAAAAUUAGGGAGUCUCUAUGACAGACUCAGGUUUUAUUAACAUUAACUCUGCAAGAGUUUAAAAGAAUAACUAUUAUUUUAAAAAUGAGGAUUAAAAUAGCAAAUAGCCAGUUUCAUUAACAAGUAGAAAUGAUUCUAGCUAGCAAGCUAUAAGUCCUAAAGAAAUUAAUUUGCAUAAUAAAUUGAAAAAAGUACCUUCGAUUCCAAAAUAUGCAAAUAACUUAGCAGUCAAUCAAGAUAACAAGCAAAAAAAAUCUCCUACCCCUAAGCAUAAGAGUCCAAUAAAUAAAUAAAAUGUAUAAAGCAAGGAUGGUAAAAAGAUUACUAAGAAAAAUAAUAUAGAUACAAGCAAAGACGCUAGCAAGGAUAAUUCAUAAAUUCACAGCCAAGAUAAAUUAUAAACACCAAAAGACACAGUUAAGCAAACACCUAACAAAAAAGAAAAUGAAAAUAUAGCAUCUUCAAAGUUAAAUGCAAAUGUUUUUAGCUUUGAUUUAUAAACAGCAAGCUAACCACAAUAUUAGACUAAUAGAUAGAAUUUGUUAUCACCACAACAAUUUUAAACAAAAGUAUUUAGCGAAAACUCAAAUAAAGUCUUUGGAAUAGCUGCUUAGGAUUAGUCAGAGAGAAAAUUUUCCAUCACUUCUUCUUUAAGUAAUACAGAAAGAUAGUUUAAUAAUAAAAACAGCGAAAAUCUUUUAUAAUUAAAUUAGCUUUCUUAGAAUAAUAAUUAUUCUGUAAAUUUAGUAAAACUAGAUUAAAUAAUAGGUAAUCAGAAUAUAGAUUAGUAAUAAAAUAAUAAUUAACUAUCUUACUUGCAAAAUAAAGAAGAUGAAGUAAAAAGAGCAAACAAGGUCUCGGAUUAUACUAUAAAAAAUGAAUCUACACCUUAUCAAUAAAGUCCAUACUUGCUUGAUAUAAACUCUAAUUCUGAUGCAUAUACACUUAAUAGGAUAGAAACUAUUUACUUAAAUAGCGAACAUAACUAGAAGAACAACUCUAAUUAAAAUUAUGAUUAUUAAUAAUAUGAUCAGCUAGAUGAAGUCAAAUAAGAUUAAAAUCAAAAAUUAUCUACCUAAAAGUCUAAUGAAAAUUCAUAUUAAAAAUAAAAUUUUGUUGAUUAAAAUUUCAAUUUAGAUACUGUUGAAUCUAAUAAUUACAAUCCAAAUAAAAGUUAUGACAACAAGUAAGCCUAAAGGAAUUUUACACCAUAAAAUUAAAAAAUUGCUAGUUAAGAUAAUAGGCAAUACAAUUAGUAAAUAGAAGAAAAAAUGUUUACUUUUGAAUCUCCAAGCAAAUUUAUUUCUCAUAAAGAAUCCAGCAAUAGAAAAUAGUCAACAGAUGGUAAUGUUAUAUUUCAGGAUGAGUAUUUUGCACUGUAGGACACACCUACUAAAUAAGAUUAGUAAAAUAAAAGUAUUUCUGCUUCAGUGCAGAAAACUGGUAAUUUUAGUAUCACUUAAAAUAGUUAUUUCCCAUAAAACUAAUUAACAGAUGCAAAAUCAAUAGAUUAAAUAUCUAAAUAGAACUCAAGCUAGAAAUACUAAAGUCCUUUUGAAAACAAGAAUAUCAGCCAUUUGCAUGAUGGAGGAGUUUCGCCUGUUAUACCUUCUCAUAAAUCAAAUAAUUAAAUUAAUUUAGUAGGAUAAGCUUAUAGCUAUAAUGGUAGUGAAGUUAAACAAGGACGUUCUUAUUCUGAAAAAGACUCUUAUGGAAUGAGCUAUAAUUUCUUACUGUAAGACCCAAUAAAAUAAUCUUACAAGUUAGAAAAUUCUUUAGCCAAUAUGUAUUCUUUAAAAUAGCCAAAUUAAAUAGAUUCAAAAGAUGAUCCUAUUUAUAAUAGUAAUUAGAACUCUGCUGUAAAAAAUUAUUUAGAAUCUCCAUAAAAAACUCAGGCAGUUUAAUAUGAUUAUUUUAAUAAUUAAAAUUUAAAUAAAACUGAACCUACAGAUUACACUUUUUAGUAGAGUAAAACCUAACAAUUUUCAUAACAAUAAUAAUAAUAAUAGAAAAGAACAGAUUAAACAGAAACCAGCAUUCUUCUUACAGAAAUAAAUGAAAGAGUCAACAAUUUACUUUCACCAAAAAGCGAAAAUUCAACCUAAAAUUAAUAUUUCAGCUUUGCUAACAAAGUGGGUAGUUAAACUUAAAAUGUAGUCAGCUAAUAUGGUUUAGGUUCUAUUCAAAAUUCUAUAUAGCCUACAAAUACUACAACCAAUAAUUCAUACUUUAACGAUUAUGCUCACUUUUCUUCCUCAUCAACAAGUAAAACUCCAUAAAAUAAUUAUUAUUAAAGUGGAGUAAGUAAUUUGUAUGGAAUAAGUUAGCCACCACCAAUAUAUACUUUUGAAUAAUAAAAGCAAAAUAAUAUAGAUUCAUCAAGUAUAGGAAAUUACAGUUACAGGGAAAGUUUAAGUUAGCCAAUAACUUAAAGAGAAUCAACUUAUACUCCAUCUUAUUUACUUUAAAAUACUAACGCUGCUGAAAGUAGCUAAAAUGCUAAAUAAUCUAACUCUUUACUUACAGAUUGGAGUACAUUAAAUUCUAAAAUAGAAAAUGAAAAUAAAAAAUUGAGCUACUAGUAUGAUAUAAAUACUAGAAUAAAUAGCCUUAAACCAUUUUAAUUUACUUCAGAUAAGUAAAGCUUUCCUAAUACACAUUAGCCUGAUAAUUAAUAUUCUCAAUCUUUCUGCAACAUACAAUAAAACGAUGACUAAAAAAACUAAAAAUAAUAUAACUCUUUUGUUUAACAACCUUUGAAUCUCACAUAUUAGCUUCCAGAAAUACAAACUUCUUUCACACCAACUACAUCAUACCAAAAUUAAUAAUAGUAAAAUAGCAGCAUUUCUUCUAAUAAGAUACAAUUCAACUCUAGCAUUUAGGAGAUUUUAGAUAGAUACAUCCCUAAAUCUACUCCAGCACAAACAAAUUAAUAAUCUAUUUAGAUAAAUUACCAAUAGCCAUAAAUGAAUGCUUAUAGCUCAUCCUUCUCUUACUUAGAACCAUCAAUUUAGAUGAAAUUCGAAGAAGAUAAAAUAAAAAAGCAGAGUAAGUAACAAGAUUAUUGUAGUGUUGGAAGCAAUUUUAAUGAAGCAAGCAACUUCAAGAAAAACUAAGUCGAUGAUUUAGUUAGUAAAUACAUUAACAAUAAGUCUAUUUAGUAAGCUAGCGAUUUGUCCUAGAGACAAUCAGAAAAUUAUUUAGAUUGUAUUGUAUCAAAUAGACAAAAUUAUCAAGAUAAUAAUAAUAAUAAUAAUAAUAAUGAGACAAACAAAAAUUGCGGUCUUAUUUGUGGUAUCAAUUCUAACGACUAAAAAGAUAAAAUAUUUAUUGAAAACCAACAAUUAAAUAGCAAUAAAAAUUAAAACACAAAUUUAAACAAGUUAGAUUCCACUCUAAAUUAAUAGAAUGGAAGAUUCUAUUCCUUCCAAGAUAAUGAUGGAAAUAACACAUUAUAUAAAUAAUUAACGAAAUAGUCAGAACAAUAAGAAAUUUAAAUUGAUAGUAAUUCAAUUUAAGAUUUGAGCAAUAAUGUAAAUAGUAACCAAGUUUUAUUUGAAAAGAAUAGCUAAAACCUUACAUUUAACGCUUUAGCUAGUAAAUAUGAGUUUAAUUCUAUAGAUGAUUUUGAGAAAUUUAAUAGAAAUAUUAACGAUGAAAGCGAUUAGCAAACUCCCAAUAAUGCCUAUUAAAAUUAAACAAGUGAAAAAAUCUCUGUUGUUAAUGUUGCUUCUAUUUUAUCUUCACAUAGCAUAGACCAUCAAUAGCCAUAUUUUUAUAGUUUCCAUUCAAAUUCUAUGCUUGAAAAUCCUAUUAACAUUCCCUUGCCUAAAGAGGACUGUGAAUAAAUCGAUGAUAAAUAUAGUCAAUAGCAGCUACUUACACCUAGGCGACUUCUUCAUCUACCUACUUUAAAGCAUCAUCUCAGUAAAUUUACUUGUGAAUAAGUCCUAGAAUAAAUAUUUGAUAAUUUUUCACUCUCUCUAUAAAGUCUGACCAAAGAAUAUUUCACAUACAAAAUGCAAACUUUAGUAAAGCAGUAUAUCCCACAAAUUCAAUCUAUUAUUAUUCUAAAUAAAGAAAUAAAUGCACUCUUCGAAUUAUCCGAUAUGAAUAAGGAUUGGUAUUUGGAUAUAAAUGAACUUGGAUCCACUCUUAGCUAAAUAUGUAAACCUUCAGAAGAAGAUUUACCAAUAAAGUAGCUUUAUAAAAAGAUAGACUCUUAAAAUAGAGGCAAAAUAACAUAAAAUGAUCUUUUAAAUUUUGCUAAUUCCAGAGGAUUUGAUUUUAUUUCCUUUACAAAUUUAUUUAAAUAACUUGAUGCAGGGAAAAAAGGCUUUGUAACUUAUUAUGAUCUAUUGCUAAACUAAAAGAAUAAAUUGAUUAUGAGUUUGUUGUGA